AUGGCCCCCCGUCGAUAUGCUGCAACCAGUCCUGUCCAGUCCGAUGCAGCCCGGGUCAAGGUAGGGCAGGGAUACGACUACCUCUUCAAGCUGCUCCUCAUCGGCGACUCCGGUGUGGGCAAAUCGUGUCUGCUCCUGCGGUUUGCCGAUGAUACGUAUACCGAGAGUUAUAUUUCGACCAUUGGUGUGGAUUUUAAAAUCCGAACUAUCGAGCUGGAUGGCAAGACCGUCAAACUUCAAAUCUGGGAUACAGCCGGUCAGGAACGUUUCCGGACCAUCACAUCUUCCUACUACCGCGGCGCACAUGGUAUCUGCGUAGUCUACGACGUGACAGACAUGGACUCCUUCAACAACGUCAAACAAUGGCUACAGGAGAUUGACCGCUACGCGACCGAGGGCGUGAAUAAGUUGCUUGUGGGCAAUAAGAGUGAUAUGGAGGAUAAGAAGGCGGUUGAGUAUACUGUUGCUAAGGAAUUCGCCGAUAGCCUUGGAAUCCCCUUCCUCGAGACAUCUGCCAAGAGCGCAUCGAAUGUCGAGCAAGCUUUCUUGACCAUGGCUAGACAGAUCAAAGAGCGGAUGGGCACGGCGACUGUCAAUAACAAGCCUACUGUGCAGGUUGGACAGGGACAGGGCGUGCAGUCCGGGUCUGCGGGUGGAUGCUGUUAA